AGAACGCGACAUCGACAUCAGUCUUCCCACGUGGGAUCUGGCAACAUUAGUGCACGCUGCCAUCACCAAAGACUUCCCCCAUAUCCCCGGCCCCAGUGUUGAGUCCUGCUUCCUGGCUUUCCACAAGGCUUACACCCGGCAGUACCUGGACCCGACUGAAAACCCACCCCCCUACGACGUAGUGGAUCUGAACUCGCCAACCAUGCUUGAAGAUGCAGUGCAGGCCCUAAAAAAAGUUGGUUUGCCCGCCUUCGUUAAGCCUGCGACAGGGUGUAACACCUUAGGUGUGAAAAAGGUGGAAAGUCUGGAUGACUUGAUGCUCGCCCUGCUGGACCUUAAGACAAUGGCAGACAAAAAUUCCGGCUUCAUACCAGCACCUAGUGCUGCAUUCUUUAGGGAUUAUUUUAAGCUGUACCUGGACGUGGAAAAGUACCCGCUCGCACUGCGUGAUGUCGCCAUCGUGGAGCCGUACCUGGAUGCUGUGGCCAGCUGUUCACCUGACGGAUGCGUUGUGGACAAGAGGGUCGUGCAUUGGCCGAUAAUAGACCAGAUCCGUUUCGAUGAUCAGGACGCCAAGUUCACCACCUUCAUCUCUCCGACCUCCGAGCCGGAGGACGUGCAGGUGCGCAUGCGCGAGGUGUAUGACGGCGUCAUGGACAGAAUGAUUCGGCUUGGCUUCCACCAUGGCAUUGCACACAUCGAAGUCUUCAAGAUGAAGGACGGACAGUUGAGGCUAUGUGAAGUAAACGCACGGGGUUCGAAGCAAAACCAAACCAUCUACAAUGCAAGCCACACCGACCUUAACCAGGACUACGUGUAUCUGACUGCUGGCAGCGGUAUCCGACCAGCCAUCCCCACCGAGACAGGGAGGUAUGGGAUGGUGUACCUUGUUCGGUUCCGCGUUCUGGACAGGCCGGGCAACUUGGUUGACUUUGACCAGAUCGAAAAGAUCAAGAAGGAUCCUGACGUCAUUAUCACACUGGAGGCGGGUCCUGACGAUGACGUCACCAGUUUUGUCGGCAGCGCGGGAAAUCACAUCGCCAUUCUCUACACUUACGGCGACACGCGGGAGGCCGUGAUCAGAAAGAUGGCUGACGUCUUACAAGUCAUUGUCAAGAAGCCAGAGCUACUGACUUACAAAAUACAUUAUGGGUUGUGCAAGUCUUAUCUUCAAACAGAUGUAGAAGGGUAAAACUAACGUUUCACGGGACCAUGGAUGCAUUCUUGGCCGGCAUAACGAUUUUAACAUUGAAAGAUCUGAUAAAAGAUGAUUGGAAGAUUUGCUAAGAAACUGAACUGCUCCCUCUGUCAGAACAUACUGAAACUGCAGUGCAGAAACAUGUGCAAGAGCACACACACACACACACACACACAUAAGCAAAAAAAUCAUUGACUACCUCUGGGGCGAAGUAACAACUAAAAUAACACAUACAUAUACAAGAAACAAAUAUAGAAAUAUUUGACGCAACAUAAUUUCUUCCCAACAUAAAAUUAUCCACAUAUAUUUCACAUGCCCUGUUUGUAAAGAGACUCAAGCUUGAAGCUGA